GUUCAUGUCCAUAGGUUUCGAGUUGACUAAAUAGUUGUUCCUUGUACUUAAAAAAAAAAAAAUAUGAGCUUCAAUAUUCAGUCUUGGUUAAAAUACUAAUAACACACUGGUUAUUAAGAAAGGAGUGACAUUUAAAAGACCUGUUUGAAUACCAACGUUGUCUUUUUCCUCACAUUUUUGUUUCAGUUUCAUGGAGACGAAAUCUUCCUCCGAACAUGAACUCAACAGUUAAUAAAAGUGAUUUUUAACAUGCUGGAAUUCCCCAAACGCGUCAGUCCUCUACCCACAUGUUGAUAUCAUGUGUACAGAGCAUAGACUGUAAAUAUUACAGAGUCUUAAAACUGUAACAGGUCGUAGAAGAACAAUUCAAUUUCACAUAACAUCUUGCAACUUUUAGCAAUUUUUGAAUCAAUGGAAGUAAUUUGAGAUAGACAGGCAGACAGACAGACACACAGACACACAGACACACAGAUAGAUAGAUAGAUAGAUAGAUAGAUAGAUAAAAGCAUGUCAUGUAUUCAUCCUGCCUUGCUUUUAGAGUUUCGUGUUCUCAUAUGUGUUUGUGCUUUCUAAAAAACAGGAACUAAUCCUUUCUUAGGGGACGUGACACACUCUGAAGCAUGUGAUAUAGUAAUCUGAUUCUGCUGUGUCACUCAGGGUGUCAACAGUUCAGUCAAUAUGCUUUAAGCACUGCUUACAUUGACCUCACAAAAUGUGUCUAUAUGAUGAUCUGACUAUGACCAAGACACUCCCAGCACAGUUUAGUCAAGACACAAACCUGCAGCACAAAAUGUGGGAUUAUCUGCCCUGAGCUGGUGUGAUUUGGCAACUAGACUCUUUUUUUCUGAGGUCAUAUGAAUCAACUCUAUACUCUAAAUCCGCCCCCCACAGAUGGCUGCCCCCUUUGUUCCAGUCCCUUUACAUGUGGACUUGACUGGAGCUUGCAGGUCCUGGGCCAAGAAGGAGUCUGAGCCCCCACCUCCAGAAAUAAUUUCCUCUAUGAGAGCAGUCAGACCCUGGGCUCAAACCUCAGCUUACUUCUGUAGGAGACCUCGAGGAGACAUGCUGGAUGGACCAUCAACAUUGCUGGGGGUUGAGGGAAGAGUUGGGGACAACUGGGUGGAAAGACCAAUCACCCCAACACUACUGGGCUACGAGAUCCUGGAGGAGAGGGCGAAAUUCACAGUUUAUAAGAUCUAUGUGACGACUGCUGAAGGAGACAGCUGGGUGAUCUUCAGAAGAUACACUGACUUUUGCCGGCUUAAUGACAAGCUUAAAGAGCUGUACCCCAGCUCGGCUCUGGCCCUGCCUCCUAAGCGCUGGUUCAAAGACAACUACGAUGAGGAGUUUCUGGAGGAGAGGCUGAGCGGCCUGCAAAGCUUUCUGCAGAGCUUAACAGCACACCAAGAAGUCAUCAGGAGCGAAGAAGUCAGACGCUUCCUGUGUUUGGUUGAUCCGCCAGGUCCUUUCGAUAGUCUGGUGGAGAGUCGGGCUUUUUGUGAGACUCUGGAGGAGACAAACCAUCGUCUGCAGAGGGAACUCUUGGACAAUCAGAGAGAAGUUGACGCUUUGAAGAAGAUCCUGGAGGAGAAGGAAACCCAUAUCAGCCUCCUGGUGAAGAAAGCCAAAUCCCUGACACUUCCCUCUGAGAGCUUGGAGGAUCGAUUCCAGCAGACAGAAAAAAUAACUACAGACACAAACACACUUGAAGAAGGAGACACAGAUUUGAAUGGAUCUGAGAAAGUACACACAAAUGGAAGUGAAGCUGCAGAUGACAACAGAGGAAUGUCUAUAAAUGAAGAUGACAAAGAAUCAAACCAUGAAACAAACUCCUAUAUUUACCCUUUAUGUUACUGGUACUAAUUUCCCAAUUUUAAUCUAAUUGCUGAUGAUCGUUUUAUUAACACUAACAGACACUUUGAUAAAUGUUGUGAAACAAGUUUUACUGUGAACAACUGUCAUUCUCCGGCUGUAACUUUAAAAUAAAAAAGACACCAUUUCAGAGUUUGGGCGGAAUACUAACCAUCUUAAAAAAACAAGCACAGCAUAAUUACAAUUAUGAAAUAGGUUUUAGAAAUUUGGACCUCUGACUAGAGUAACUCUUUGUAGAUUGAGCAUGUCUGUAUCUUCUUUUUAUUUCAUUUUCACUGUGUUUGUGUGUUUAUAUACUCUUCCACAUGUGAUGCUCAUUUACUAAAGGUUUCUGUUACAUUACACUCAGAGGUGUAGGCCAACCAUACAUACCUCAAUAAAUACUGCUUUGUAUUCAAGAACCUUGUUUUUACAGUUAUUCUUCAUUGUACAUAUUUUGAGAUCUUUUAAAUUUAUUCUCACCACUGGAGAAAUGUUAACAACUCAAACCUUCAACAAAACACUUCAAGAACCCUGCAAAAGCUCACUCCUUAUAACUCACGCCAAACCUUUAGUUCAAUUGUCAAAACUAAGUGUAGUGUGUCAAUAACCAUGUUGUCUGCCUAAAACAAGAACUGUGUAUCCCAUCAAUACAAUGAAGAAUCUAUAAAGAAGAGAAAAUAUAGUCCCAUAUGUAUGAGGGUAGAACAAAAACUAAAAAGGCUGAAAGUGUUGGUAAUCACUCGACAUCCAGUGUCUCCUGUCCAUGUUCAUGUGACAAAUAUAUUACAUUUGAUUUGAUUGCGGA